AUGAAUGUGCCACACAAGAACAGUGUGUCGCUGAAAAUUGGGCUCAUUGGAGACGCGCAAAUCGGCAAAACGUCGCUGAUGGUCAAGUAUGCCGAGGGAAAUUUUGACGAGGACUACGUGCAGACUUUGGGGGUGAACUUCAUGGAAAAAACGGUGUCGAUACGAGAUACGGAGAUUACGUUUCUGAUUUGGGAUCUGGGUGGCCAGCGGGAGUUUGUCAACAUGCUUCCGCUGGUGUCCAACGACUCUGUGGCGAUUCUGUUCAUGUUUGAUCUCACGCGAAAAUCGACUCUCAACAGCGUCAAGGAGUGGUACCGGCAGGCUCGGGGGUUCAACAAGACGGCGAUUCCGUUUCUGGUGGGCACCAAGUACGAUCUGUUUGUGCAGUUACCCAAGGAGGACCAGGAGGAAAUCACCCAGCAGGCCAAGAAGUUUGCCAAGGCCAUGAAGGCGUCGCUCAUUUUCUGCUCCACGUCGCAUUCCAUCAACGUGCAAAAGAUUUUCAAAAUCGUGCUGUCCAAGGCGUUUGACCUGAAGCUGACGAUUCCGGAAAUUACCAACACUGGCGAGCCCAUUUUGGUGUACCAAGGUGUUGGUCAGUAA